GAAUUGAUUACCUAUAUAACAAAAAGCUUUCUGUUGGCCAGUAUUCCCUAGAGCUUAUGGUGUAUCAGUAAAUUUCACUCUGGGGAAUUGCAUGGAAUCGGAGGGUAUUGUCCCUCUCAACAACAGUAUAUUUAAUGCAAAAAUGGCUAACCACACAAUAGAUAUCUACUUUUUCACGAUGAGUCCCCCGUCACGAGCAGCGCUAUUGUUGAUGCGGGCUCUUGGAUUGAAACACAAUAUAAAAAUCGUCAAUGUUCUUGCCGGCGAACAGAUGAAUCCGGAAUUCAUAAAGAUAAACCCGUUACAUACAAUACCUGUUAUAAAUGAUGGUGGAUUCAUACUACCUGACAGCAAUGCUAUUAUGAAAUAUUUGGUGGAUCAAUAUGCCAAAGAUGACAGCUUGUUCCCAAGGGAUCCCAAAAAAUCAGCAAUUGUUAUCCAGAGAUUGUUUUUUGUAUCAGGAUAUCUAUUUCCUAGAUUUGUGGCAUAUCAUCUCCCCACUAUAAAGGACGGAGUUAAAGGAGCAGAAGAAGAUCUGAACAAAUUGAACGAAACAUUCAGUAUGAUGGACAACUAUGUACAAGGGCAGACUUGGUUUGCAGGAAACAAUAUGACAGUGGCUGAUUUUGCUGCAAUUUCUUUGAUUUCAACAAUCCAUGCAUGCGGCUCAUGUGAUAUUUCCGCACAUCAGAAUCUUUUCCAGUGGUUCCAGAAAACCAAGACGGCCAUGGAGUCCUUCGGCUAUGAUGAAGUGAUGCAAGCUGGGGCUGAAGCUUUUGGAGCACUGUACAAAAGUAGACUGAAGUGAGGCAUCCUACAGUUGAAAAAAAACUCACAACCUCGCAAUGUCACUAUGAUUUCAAAUUGAGAGCACAAGUUGAAAUAUCAUUGUUCGAAUAAAAUUUGUUGGUGAA